UCGCCUUUUUUUUUAACGCAGACAAACAACAAAUAGCUGAUUGUGCGACCUGCGAUGUGGUCACGAAAUCCGCAGUUUAUUUAAUUGAUGGCGCAAGCUCUGCUUUGUUCUGCUCCAAGAACGCGCAAAGAGUGCUUAUGAAAAGCAUCAAAGCGUCGCUUGCUUUAUGAGACGAACACUAACGUACACGUGCUGUAUUGCUACGAUCAUUCCCUUUAUGAUACAUGACGAUACGGGCACUUUGCACCCCGUCUUUAUUUCCGCUCUUUGUUUUGCCUCCGUGCCCAGAGGCGCCGCGUUGUCUGCAACAAGAGCUUAGCGCUGCGCAGCUGCAAAACCGAGGUGCACUGGGUCUACCGCCGCAGGCCCGGCGCGCUUUCAGCUAUUGUGCACUUCCGAUACACACUGUGUGCGGACCGAACAACUGAACGAGGGCAUCGCCGACGGCGCGGCGGCAGCGGCUUGGUCGCCAUGGCGACCUGACGCCGUUUGACGUCAUUCGCGCGGCUUUCAAGGUCUCAGCGGGGAGCGCCAGAUCUCGCCCCGGCCGGUCGACUCCCCGCACAUUUGCUUGGCUUCGGGACUGUCGCGCAUUCGGUCCGGCUCCCGGCUCGUCUCCGCAAGCCGGGUUGCGGAGCAGCGGAGGCCGCCCCACGUUCCGCAAUGUCGAGAUGUCGGCCCGUCACGGACACCGUCGCUGGACUGACGUUACUGCAGCUGCAGCUGCAAGGGCCGCAGCGCUUCCCCGAGCAAGCCGUGACCAUCACGUGUGUUUGGCGGAUCGUCGGCACGACAGCGUGACGUAAGGAGGCGGCCGUCCUCCUCCUUGCCCGGCGGCUUCUUCUCUCCACUCGCCUAGCCUCGGCCGCAGCCGGCAGAUGUGUUGGAUGCGUCUGCUAGCGCCGAGACGGCCGAGAUCGUGGAGGCAGUGCGGCGGAGGCUCGCCCGCUCGUCGACCGGGACUAUGGGUGACGCACUGAAAGUGUGCCGCGAACAUAGGGUCGACCAGUGUGCACGUCCAGCGUCGUGUCGCGACAUAGCAAGUUGCUUUGAAUGGGGAAGCUCGUCCAGCGCCCGGCUACGAGAGUAAGUGUGUGGCGCAUGCGUGCGGCGCGCCACAACAUGGCGGCUGACAGGGUAAGGGCGUCGGGUUGUGCGGGGCUGGUUCGAGUCGGAUUUUACGAACUGGAAAAGACGAUCGGCAAAGGAAACUUCGCAGUGGUACGACUAGCCAACCAUGUCAUCACCAAAACGAAGGUAGCCAUAAAGAUAAUAGACAAGACACACCUAGAUGAGGAGAACCUAAAGAAGAUAUUCAGGGAAGUCCAGAUCAUGAAGCUUUUACAUCAUCCCCAUAUCAUUAGGCUAUAUCAGGUAAUGGAAACCGAUAAAAUGAUCUACUUAGUCACAGAAUAUGCAGACAAAGGUGAAAUAUUUGACUACUUGGUGGCCACUGGUCCAAUGCCGGAGGACAUGGCCCGGCGGAAGUUCAAGCAAAUAGUGAGCGCUGUCCAUUACUGUCACAAGAGGCAUGUGGUACACAGAGACCUGAAAGCUGAGAACCUUCUGCUUGACAGUGAGAUGAACAUCAAGAUAGCAGACUUUGGCUUCAGCAAUCACUUUGAACCCGGUAAGAAGCUGUCAACGUGGUGCGGCAGUCCCCCCUAUGCAGCCCCUGAGCUUUUUGAGGGAAAACAAUAUGAUGGGCCCAAGGCAGACAUUUGGAGCAUGGGAGUAGUCCUGUAUGUUCUUGUGUGUGGUGCCCUUCCAUUUGAUGGAAAAACAUUGCAAAGUCUACGCACAAGCGUGCUCUCAGGAAAAUUUAGGGUACCUUACUUCAUGACGACAGAGUGUGAGCAGCUGAUCCGGCAGAUGCUGGUGGUGGACCCCGACAAGCGCUGGUCCAUUCGACAGGUGGUGCAGCACCGGUGGAUGCGAAUGGGCACACCGUACCCCGAAUUUGAUCGUCUCAUGGAGAUGCCAGCAGCCACUCCCACCGUCCACGAGAAGCUCGACCCCAUAGUGUUGCAGCACCUGCUUCAGUUGCCAAAUGUCACACAGGAGCAGAUUGAACAGUCUGUCCUGGAGAAGAGGUUUGACCACUACAGUGCGAUCUACCACCUGCUUUGUGACAAGUUGCAAAACCAGCAGAAGCACGCCCUCUUGCCUCAGAACCUCCCACUAACUGCACAACCACAAAGGAAGUCGAGCAUCACUACCGGCAUUGUUGAAAAGAACCCGCAGCCAGUUGACCCAGACUCGGAGCCACAGCAGCCACAACCGAACCUGGUCCCGAGCCCUGUGCUGACCGUCAGCCCCAUGCCGGAACUUCAGCCCAUGUUGAGUGGCGAUCAGUCACUUGAGAAGUUCGGGGAGAUCGAACUGGAAUCUGACAGCGACGAGCUCUGGCCUGACCAGCAGGUGCAGCCAGCAGUGUUCAGGCGGCACACUGUGGGGCCAGGGGAUCCCGCCGAGGGGGAGUGUCCUCCCCCUCCCCCUGUGGGGGCCUUGCCUGUUAGUGCUCUGCCCCACACAAACCUGCCCCAGAACCUGCCCCGUGUCCAGCACCACCCGCCACACAACUUCUCCGUCAAGGACCAGCACCUGCUCAAGCCACCACCCGCCAUGGGAGCUUUUGUGGGCUUUGGCCGGCGUGCCUCAGAUGGUGGUGCCAACAUUCAAAUGUUCUUCCAACGUCAUUUGUGUCAAGGCCAGUACAGCCACCCAUCAAGCAAGGAGCUGCUCUCACCUAAAUUGUCUUCUGGGAGUCCUGCCGUGCCACAGUCUCUUCAUCCAAUUUCUGCGCUUGCUGACGAAGGCAAGGAGCUGGAAGAGCAGAUGGACAGUAAUGCCAUCUCAAGGUAUCUGCAGGCACGUGGCCACGGCAAGAGGCAUACGGUUGCCAUGGGCAAUGCAGAAGAGGUGCAGGAUGCUCAGUGGAAGCCCCGGCAACGGAGGUCUGGCCUGUUGACCGUCAUGGAAAAGCAGCCAGUGCCAAGGAGAGCAAGUGAUGGCUGCCCCUCUGUGAGCCCCCACCGGACGCAGCUUGAGAGGAUCUACAAUCAAACUGUUGCGGAAAACAAGUGCAUAAUCAAGGCCCUUCAGCAGGAGUGUCAGCAGCUGCAGAGGCAUUGUUGUCCCAUGGAUGCCCAGCAGCAAGCCGAAAUACAACGGCGGCAUUCCCUGCAUGUCCAGCAGAUGGCACAUCUACAGCCGUCCCUGAUGGCUUCGUCAGUUUCAUCACCGCCUUCCAUUGCCGGGUCGCCCAUACACCAGAGUCCAUCGCAUGGGGCCGGGCCGCCGAGCCCUGCAGCCACCCUCUCACAGCACUUGCAGCGGCUUCACCUGCAGCGUCAGGGCAGCCCCGUUGGCUUCUGCCCUGACCCAUUUGCCCCUGACCCGCUGGGUCCCGGCGGGUCGCCACCCUUGGACACCGGGGGCACGUCCCCAGGGGCAUCGCCCCCAUACCCAUGCGGCAGCGCAUCCCCACAGGGCGCACCCGGGGCCUCGCCGCCCCCUUUCUCAGACGCAGCCCACCCACGACUGCAGAGCCUUGUGGCUCAGCAGCUGGCGCGAAACAGCCCGCCGCCGGUGUUUCCUAAUCUGGGCAUGAUCCGCGAGGACUCCACCGAGAAUGGCGGCUUGGGCCCACUCCAGGUGCCCUGCCUGCGGCCCGAGAUCGUGGUCAGCCCUGCUGUGUUCGAGCCAUUCCCAGGUAGCAGCCGAGGCUUCCCACCACACAUCAGCGUGACAGACGAGCUGGGCAAGGAGGUUCUGACGUCGUCCUCAUCGUCCACCACAUCUCCCUCGUCGUGCUCGUCCGCGACGGCCUACUCCGAGGCCUCACUGCUGCCCCUUGACCUUGCCUACUCACCUGUGCGUUGGCAGGCGACACCGCUGGAUGAAGUGCCCAUGGCAGCCUGGGCACUCCCACCAUCACCUCUGCAUGCAUGCUGUGGUGAAGCCCCUCUGCAGAAAAGCCCCAGUGGGUCUUUGUGCCUGUUGCUUGGUCGAGGCAUCUCACCUUGUCGAGGCACUGGCGGUGACCUGCUGCUAGACAUCCAGCGGCGCUUGGAUGCACAUGCCCCUGAGCUGCCACUUGUCCUACAGCCGUCGGAGCGGGGGCUGGCACUCAAGCACCCAGCAGCCGGUGUUCAGAUAGAGCUGGAACUCUGUGACGGGCCGCACCCAGAUGAGUGUGGCCUUAAGAUGCGCCGCAUUUCAGGCGACAGUCUUCAGUACAGUGAGCUGUGCCAGCGGCUCGUGGCGUGCAUGAACAUGUGAUCUCGGGACAGCCCACCGCCGAUCUAGCGGCGCUGCCAGUGCCUCCGUGCGUGUCUGUGCUUGUCCGUGCCUGCCCUCCAACCCAGUGACUACCCAUGGCUGCACCAGCACUGAACUGUUGAGACUGGGUGCUGGCCAUCUGGCUGACCACACGGGUCUGUCAUUUGUCGCGUCCUCGCUGGCCAACCUUUUUUUCCAUGGCCACCCUUUGGGAUCAUCGUUUCACUCAGAAGGGCUCCUUUUUGACAGUACUGAACCAGCCUAUCGAAAUGGCCCCUUACCUGAAGAUUGCAAUGUGAUGUCAGAAGGAUGCCGAAUAACCUUUCCUGUGUUUUUAUGAUGUGUGUAUGUGCUCAGGGGUACGUGUGUGUGUGUGUGUGAAUGUGAAUACAAAAGGAAGUACACUGGUGGUGUUUAUUAAGUUCAGUCUUUUGUUUUAGUGUCAAUUCAAAUGACUUACGACUGGGACAAAAACCAUGAUGUCUAUUUUUCAUGCAUUUUUAUUUCUUGCGCUAAGGUAACAAAGCAGUAGGUUAUAACGUUCAAAGGUGGCCGUGAGGCUGGAGAGAGAAUGACUGUUAUUUAACAUCUUUCUUUUUGUUCUAUCUGAAAAUAUUUGUCUCCAGGCAGUACUUUUUUUUCCUUUGUGAUACAGUAGAAGGCAGUGUGGGAAAGCCCACCAGUGCAGGAAAUGCAGUGAAGGAAGUAUGUAAAUGUUUGGUGUGAGCAACAUUAGCGUGGGCAUAUGCAAUACAACCCUCACUGUUUGGCGAGGUAAAGGCCAUAAGUGCGUGGCAAACAGGUUUGCCAUAUGAGUAAGCUACGCUACGAUCGUUUAUUAACUUCUUUUGUAUUAAUGCAACGAAAUUGACAGUCACGAAGAAUAGGACUGGGAGGGCUUAUGCUAGAACAGUAAUAGACGACUGUGUUUAGAUUUUCAUGUUUGCACUGUUUUCAGCAACCAUAAUUUGCUAUUACAGCUCUAAGUAGGGAGUUCUUGAUGGCUCUCUAAAAUCUGGGGGCUUGGUUCUGCUUUCUCAAUGCUCCUGCAUGAGCUUUUCCUAUUUGUGCCUUGUAACUAAAUGUUAAGGCCGAACCAUUCUGCAAGAUUGCCACCUGGUAUGGAACUUGUAAUUUGAGCGUGCAGUUUGCAUAUGGCUAAGGAAGAAAACCUGCUAAUUUGGCACUUAAUUGUGGAUGAGCAGACUUGUAUAAAAUAUUUUGAAAUAAUUUCUGUCAUGAACACAGGCAAGUUCCAAAUACCAAAGCGAUUCCUUGAAGGUGGGUAUCAAAUAUAACUGCCUUUGAUCAACCUGUGUCUGAAAAUUCAUUGUGCACUGCUGGAUGACUAUGUUGUCGUCAUUUUGUAAGAUGUGUUGGUAUAUGUUUUUGCAUUAGAAGAGUAUCUCUUUAUAGUUAAUGAGGAUGUUUCAAUGACCAUGUCUCAGUGGAUGGUUUGCUUCGUAAUCAGCAUCAAGAGUUACUUAUCUUCCAAACUCAGUUUUAUGAGUUGUGCGUGUGCGUGCGUGUAUGUGUGUGCGUGUGUGUGUGCGCACGUGUGUGUGUGUGUGAUCAUUACUAAGUGGGAAGAUUAUAUCUUGGUAAUCUGCAUGAAAUGAGUUUUGAGUUCAUACAUCAUUAAAAAAAAUGGUGGCUGAAUGUAACAAAUGCAAGAACAAUUAUAGGAGAAGUGCAUGAACUCUCUAAACUUUUUUUAUUUGCAAACUGAUGCAUUCAGCAUAUGGCUAAAGAAGCUCAUGUGUGCAAAGCAGGAUCAAAGGCAAGGAAACUGAUGAAUAGAUCUAGGCGUCCCGCAAAGGAUGUACGGUAAACAAUCCAUCAUAGGUGCAAGUGAUAACAAUGACAUAUUAUUAAUAACCUAUGGACAUCCAUUACGAGGACAUGGAUAUCCUAGAGAUGUUUCAAAUACAUUCUGCGGACAUCCCUCACACAACCUUUUGGCCUCACUUUCCGUGUCCUGCAGACGUCCUUUGCAUGUCCGCAAUAAACAUCAUGGGGACAUGCUGCAUACAUUUUACGGACAUAUUCCAGGGCCUUUUGCACGUUGUUCAAUUGCUAUAAUGCUUGUUACGUUCGCAGCACACGUUGCAUGGCAGAUGCAUGCCCACACAUCAAGAACAGGUACAUUGCGUGAACAUCUUUGUCAUGCCCAUGCAUGCACGUGUGCGGUAGUGCAGUAUUACUUCUCAUUCUUGUAGGCCUUCCGAAAAGUGCAAGUGUCUUAUUGAACUAACUAAAGUUUUCAAAGCAAAUUAUGUAAGAAAAUUCGCAAAGGGCAAUGUACACAUGAGCUGCAGGCAUGAUAGUUUCGGACUGUAAUUCAAACACACGAGAAAACAAUUUUGUUUCGAGGAAACCCAAUAUUCAAGUGUAUGCUGAGAAAGGUCUUUGAGUGAUAUCGUUGGGACAUCUUGGGUUAGAUAUCCAAAACUGGAUGUCCAGCAUAUGUCCCAUUUGUCUCCUAAACAGUUGCCGCGGACAUUAGGGCAUGAUUUGGAUGCCUUAUGGACGAAGGGUCUUUUCUUCACAGGGAUAGCAUUGCUUGUGGUUCGCUGACACUCAGGUCCCGUCUCUUCUGUCAAAAUUUGCCUCUUCUAGAGGGCGGGUAGCAGUUUCAAAACCCACUUUCAGAGCAUUUUAACUUGUGUACCCAAGCUGGGCUGGGGUACUCAUCAAAAGGAGGUGGGCACCCCCAGCCGAUCAGCAUGUCAGCAGCAGAUCAAAUGGGCGUGUCCACUAAGUGGACAUUUACAGAAUACCAAUCCAGGCUUAUCCUCAAAUGACGUCGUAAAUGCAUACCUGCCAACUCUCCAGAGUGUUCUAUGAGGUUAAUGAAUUUGGGCUUGUUUUGCAAUUUUACGAAUGUUGCAUCCAGCUUUACAAAAAAUAAAUUCUGUCUGGAAAAAAUAUUUACUCAUUGGUCUCGGAAUCUUUCAUUGGAGUCUCCCGAUGAUUUGAUUUAGUGUUAGAGGAUUCUUGCUUCUAGUGAGUUUAUACAGAACAAGUUCUAUAAGCAGGCGAAAGCGGCAGCAGCAAUGUCGAUGAAAAAGUCACUAUUAUUUCAAAAUACUCUGUUGCUUCUCAGUCUUCGCUGUUUCUUAUGUGCUGUAUCUAAAGGUGUCAGUAUCCUUAAUCAUUAAGUGCAUAAGGUUCAUUAAUAAAAUGUGUACGUAUCCCUCAAAAAGCAUAUGCUCAGGGUCGGUAUUUUGUAGCUAUGCCUUUUCCGAUUCUAUGCUUUUUCAGGCUUUUCGUGCUUGGCCAGUGGUCAGAGCGACGGUCUGCCCACAUUAUCAACGGGAUCAGGCGGCCGUGUGUGGUGGAUGAUAAGAAUAGCAUAGAAUAAGGCAUAAGGCAUCGCUACAAAAUAGCGGCCCAGGGCAAGCUUUGAAGAAAUGCCUGCUAUCCCCCCCCCCUUUUUUUUCUUCAGUGUUGUAUUCACAGGAUAUUACAAAUAUUGAAGUUUACAGGCUGGCAGGUAUGUAGAUAUUAAGUUGCAUUACAAAAUGUGUAAAGAAAUUGAUGUCUACAUGCAUCUAGGCAUUACUUUAAUCUUGUAAGUUCGUACACAUAUGUUGGGUAUAUUGUCUCUACGCCCACAACAUAAACCUAGGGCGUACCUUCGUGUCCACAGCUUUCAGGCAAAGAGAAAAUAUCUUGAUUGCCGUCUUCUGUCAGUAGCAUUGAAUCAUUGGAUCAUGAUGUUUAUUAACUGCCCUCCGUCGGAGUAAUGCUAAGCCAUGCGUUCUAGGCAAGUUGUCACAUGCGAAUUUUAUAGCUUUGGAUGAACUGCUUUCCUGCAUUAGGUGACAUGCUGUUUCUGAGCGGUUAUCUAAGCAAACUCAUGAAAAGCCAGCACUGCAGAAUUAUGCAGCAACAAAACGAAGCUGGGUGUUCUAAUUACAUGUGUGGUUGUAUGCAAAAAAGAUAGUUAUUAUGGCAUUCAAAAGUUAUUUUCAGUGUUCAUUGAACAUCUGUAGACUUGUCUAUGGACAGGUGAAAUGAAUUGAAAAAGAUUUAAAAGCACUGUGCAGCUUUUCACCGUAUCCUACUGGUAAGUUGCGUUAGCGCUAGCAUCACUGUGCAAUGAGUAGGUCAGAAAAACUGGAUAAAAGAUACAAUUUUUUUGGCGGUUUCAUCUAGCAGUAGUCAUCCUUGCCUGUUGCAAUGAGAGUUUCUAGUUUUGAAAGACAUUUGUUGCCAUUAAAACUGUGACCACACGCGAGGCGUAGAGACACUGCACCACAGCAAAACCUUAUAACAAAUGAUGUUUACUUUGUUGAAAGGCACAGACUGUGUUUAUCACUAAAUCGGCAAUAGUGCUUGCUGCUAAGUGGAUGCCAUUGUGUCAUUUUGGUCGUUGGGUCUACCCAAGGGUGCUUCAUCCUGUAGACGAAGCACGGCGCCACCUGAAGUGGUGCACAGGGGAGGGCACAGUGAUCUUCGGAACCGCACUGAAAAACUGAUGUGGUAAGUUUUUCCGUUGCCUAAAUUUAGUUCUAGAGUGGGCACAAUGAUUUCACCUUACCUGGGGUGACAAAAAUGUGUUGGAAGUGCUGGUGGGUCUGUUUCCUUUGCUAUUGCCAUUCUGAACAUGAAUGCUGUUGCCUAUUUGUCGCGUGCAUUUAUCCAAAGAUAAACUAGUUGAGAGCACGCAUUUUGUCCUACUGCCUUUCGUGUACUUGUCCUGUUAGCUACGCUAAUUUUGUGUGAUGUGUGCACCAACUAGCUGAACAACUGUUAUGCAGGUUUGACAGGAAGCACUUGAGCUUUUGUAGUAUUUGUGCAAGUGUUUUGUUAUGUGGCACCAUUUCAGCUGUGAAGGUACAUACACAUUUAGUAAUGUUUAAGUUCUCAAUGUUGCUUAGUUGUGCGCAAAGCAACUGUGAAUAAUGGGGAUUUAACAUGUCUGCAUACACUGUGAUCUGCUCUGCAGCACUCGUUAUCGGUAUUUUGGGGUAUUCUGUCUUUAGAAGUGUGCACCACUAGGAAUACCUGAUUCAGACUGUAAGCCAACUGUUGUCUUUUUUUUUUUUUCACUCCUUUUUACCUCAGCUAACAUUUGCGUCCUGCAGAAUCAGCAUGAAAUCAUUGAACAGAGUCUGUGAAGGCAACAGUGUUGCAGAGUGUCCUUUCCGGAUUCCUGUGGGUACAGCCGAACCUUCUUAUGAAAAAGCCGCAUUCAACACGAAAAUAUUUUCAUUACAAAUGCAUUAUUCGUUAUACACAUAUAUUUGUUACACACUGAUAUCAGCAAGGAAAAUUUUACGAUUUACUUCAUUGUAAUCUGUUAUUCGUUAUAACCACAUUCGUUAUAUCGAGCUUUCUCUGUAUAAUUUUCUACCCAAGAGACAGCGUGUAGCUACCUGGUAGUCAGUGCGUGUUUCCUGUGCAUAAGCUGUCAAUUUGUUGCUCUGUUCGUUUAGAGGGUACAUAUUGUCGAUGCAAACCAUUCCCGAACUCCCUGCUGCUCUUGUUGUGUAAAUAGAUGACGACGAAGAAAAAGUGGAUGCUGCAUAGUCGCAAGGUUUGUAUAAAAUGGGAAGACCUUCUGGCAAGUUCUUGCAGGAAGUUUGUGUACAGUUGCUACUACCUGAUGUCAUUUUCUAGACAUACCACGCCUAUUGACCAAUCUUUCCUGUAGAUUGGCCGACCAAGGUACCCCCGUGUCGUUGGCCACCAUGUAUUUACUGACAAGAAACCCAAGACCUUUUUUUUUUCUUUAAUGCUGCGGGUAAUCGUCCAGCCAAAACAAUGUGAAAUUUGGAAUCUUCUUUCCCUAUGUGUUUAACUAACUCACAUGCGUCGCAAACUUGCAGCCAAUGCAGACUUGAGUUUACAGAGGACUUAAGAGAAGCUCAACUCAUGGUGACAGGCAAUUUGAGGGUUGUUUACACAGCAACUCUGCGCCAAUGUUUUAACCAUGCAAUUUCUGUACAGCAUUGGUAAUAGUUGAGGUAGUUACUAUGGCUCCAACUGUUUGCACGUAAAAGAUUUCAGUAUGCCACCAGCUGCAUUGUCGGGAGUUUUGUUCAUGUUCAAAUAAAAAAAAAUCUGCUUGGAUAAGUGCUCCACCUUGGCCCAAUGCCAGUGGGGAUAAGGACUUCAAAGUCAUUGCAAUAAUGGGUGCCAUUAAAAGGAUCCAAUAAAAUAUUUAUUGAUAA